AAAUGCACCUUAAGUUGGUUUGCCAACCGCCAGCUAACCUCUAAAAGAAGAAGAAGAAGAAGGAGGAGGAAGAAGAAAACAACUCCAGAACACCCGUGGUGGACGUGCCAAACUUUUCUGUGGAAAACAUGGACAGUGGUCAACAGCUUAAAGGUCACAUAUCUAUCCAGAAAGGACUUAACAUUCCUCCUCCGCAAAAAUGCAACAAUUGCUGCUAUCCUAGCAGAUUUCAUUGUCCUUUUUGUUUACCGACUUUCUUCAAACCCUCAAAACGCUCCAGAGCCAGGAUUCAUUUGAGCAAUCAUCUAAAGAGAGCCAUUUAUUUUGGAGAGUACACAAUCCACAGAUGCGGACUGGGGUGCAGAAAACAGCAGCAUUACCACUGUUUGUACUGCACAGCCACAUUGUUAAGGAAACGAGAUUUCACCAAUCAUCUACCAUACUGCCACCAGGCCGAACAGCGGCGAGCUCAGAAAGGAUCCCUGAUUCAAAAAGCUGUGACACAGAGAAGAGUCCAAACCAAAGAAUUGAUCGCUUCAUCGCUGACCCCUGGGGAGAGUGACAUCCCUUCAUAUGAGAUAGACAGUGACAAUGACAGUGAUGACGUAACCGUCGUCACAGAUUCAGAUGACCAAAGCAGCCAAGGAGCGAGCAGCAGCAGCCAGUCAGCGACUCCCUUCAUCCCCAAGUGUGACACUGCGGGGAAGAUGAAGGGGAGUGCGGAACCAGACUCUUCUAAAUGUCACCAAACUGUACAGACAAACUUUGACAAACCACAAGACUGCGAUGAAUACUACUUCAUGAGCCUCGUGAAGAUGUUUAAAAAGUUGUCCCCUCAGAAAAAGGCCGACGUCAGGAUGAAAAUUGAGAGGCUCCUCUUUGAAGCGGAGUUUGAGUAGGAAAAAGGUUUAUGCACACAAAAUAUUUUUUUGUUUACGAUUUAUUACACAUUUUAUUGAAUUAACUGAAAGAAGCUUUUGCAGAUAAACCCUGAAAUAUUUUUCCAUAGAGUCCUCAUCCUAGUCCACCUCAUAUUCAGUAGAGGUGAAAACUGGAUUGUUUACUAGUUCUGGUGAAGCAUUGAUAAUACUCACUCAGCUGAAAUGCACCAUUGAAUUGUGGCCCAAGCACCAAUUUGCGUGUUUAUUUUAAAAAAUUUCAUUAAUAAAAACAAAUUCCUUACUAUUGAUCCGUACAUUAGCAUGCAAAAGCCCAGACACUCAUAUUCAUCUGCAAUUUGUCAGCAGCAGUCAUUUGUGGAAUGCAACGCUGCCACCAUAUGAGAUUUGCCUGUAAACAGUGCACACAAAUCACCCUUUGAAUUUGUUUAAAUGAUAUGUCAGUUAAAUUUCUUACUUACUUACUGACUGGACUUCCAGUCUACUCUGGAUAAAUAGUGUUUAGUCCAGCAUGGUGCUAAUACCUGCUUUUUCUAUACCCAUUCCUACAACCACAGAAUAAAUUUGGUGUUUCCUUUUAUGGAGCACUUGUGUGUACAAAAACGGCAUCAAAUAGUAGAGUAGGUAUAAACAAGAGAGUUACAAAUGAAAACAUGCUUCUUUUUUUUCUCACAGCCUUCUUGGUUAAAAAGUUUGUUGUGUUAAGUUAGGAAAGGUAUUUGUUAUACAAAAAUAAAUUUCCAAAGAUGUAAAAACCAUUACCGAACACCUGCUUCGAUGUGAAAAUCACCUGAGGUACAUUAUACAGUAGGAACAAACCAGUAACAAAAUAAUCUCAACUGCAAGUCCACCAUCAGUCUUCGCAUGUCAAGUAUGAAUAUUAUUUUGCAAUUGCUAAUCUCAAUGCAUUGCUCUAAUGUACAAAAUGAGAUAUUCAGGCAGAAUGUACUAAGAGAAAUAUAUGAGAGGUAGAUCUAAAAAAAAGUUUGCACCUGUGGUUCCCUUUUUAACUUGUAAUUCCAUUAAAUGAACGUCGGGGACUCUUGGUGUUUAAGAUGUAUAUCAUAUAACCGCAGCAUCCCUGGUUUACUUUACAGCUGGGGAACUUUGUUGCAUGUGAUACUUCUCCCUCCCAAUGUUUCCUAGCUGUAUUUUCACUGUCACCCUAUCCUUAUAAAGGCAGAAACACCCCCCCCCAUAAGAAUAAAAAUUUAAUUGUCGAUAACCAA